AUGUCUGACGACGAGGGAAGCAAAGAGCAGGUGCUCGACCAAGCACCCAAACGCAUCAAGGCCCUGCAAUUCGGCCUGCUCAGCCCACAGGACAUCAUCUCCCAGUCGGUGCUCUCCAUCUCCGACCGCAACAUCUUCGACUUCGACACCAGUCACUCCGCCGGCCAGAAGCGAGGCCUGACGCAGAAUGGACCGAAUGAUCCCCGCCUCGGCACCUCCUCCAAGACCGCCUUGUGCGAGACUUGCGGCCGGGGUUUGAUGCAAUGCAAUGGCCACUUCGGCCACGUCAGACUCGUCCUCCCCGCCUUCCACUAUGGCUACAUGAAGAAGAUCAUGGAAGUGCUCAACUGCAUCUGCAAAGACUGCAGCCGCAUCCUCAUGCCGGAAAAGGAGCGCCGCGCCGCUCUCAAAGCCGUUCGGAAACCAGGACUGGACACUCUUCGAAGAAACGCCAUCUGCAAAAAGUUCGUCGCCGAAUGUCGCAAGGUCAAAAUCUGUCCCCGCUGCUCCAGCUUGAAUGGUCCGGUGAGGAAAGUGCCCAACCACCCGCUCAAAAUGUUCCACAACAAGUUCGCCAUCUACACCAUGUCCAAUGCCAAGUCCAAGGUCAAGCCCAUCCCCAUGCUGGCAUUCGAAAAGUCGUUCAAAGAGGCCAGCAAGCACAGUGCCGACGUUGACCGGCAUAUGCGACGUGCCAUGGACGACAUGCACCCUCUGCGUGUCCUCAACAUCUUCCGCAAGAUCCCCUCCGUGGAUGUCGAACUCCUGGGCAUGGAUCCUCAUCACGGCGGGCGACCAGAGUACAUGCUCUGGACCCACGUCCCCGCUCCUCCCGUCACCAUCCGUCCGUCCGUUGCGCAAGAACAAGCGAGCACCGAAGACGACAUCACCAAUAAGCUUGGUGACAUUAUACACAUCAACAACUUCCUCCAGGUCAUGCUGACCAAAGGCCAGCCGCUGGUCAAGGUCAUGGAAAUCUGGGACAUCGAUGAGGUUGCCGUGCCAUCUCGCGUGGCCGUGGUCAUGACGUAUCCGGAAAAGGUCACCCAGCACAACCUCGCGAAGCUCAAGCAAUGUGUCAUCCGAGGCAGCCGGAAACACCCCGGUGCCAACUUCAUUGUCAAAGCCAGUGGCCGGCGAAUUGUCCUGUCCACGGCCGGACAAAAGGGCAACCUGAGCACAAUCGCUGACGCCCUCGACAUCGGUGACACCGUGGAGCGACACCUGGAAGAUGGUGACAUUGUCCUCUUCAAUCGUCAGCCAUCGCUGCACAAGUUGUCCAUCAUGUCGCACAGAGUCAAAGUUCGCCCGUGGAGAACUUUCCGAUUGAACGAGUGUGUAUGCAACCCAUACAACGCGGACUUUGACGGAGAUGAGAUGAACCUGCACGUCCCGCAGACUGAGGAGGCCAGGACAGAAGCACUGGAGCUGAUGGGCGUGAAGCACAAUCUCGCAACUCCCAAAAACGGCACGCCUAUCAUCGCCGCCAUUCAAGACUUCAUCACUGGUGCUUACCUCCUCAGUCAGAAAGACCGCUUCUUCACCCGAAGAGAGUUCAUGCAGAUUGUCAGUUUCAUGUACGAUGGUAUCGAAGUCCGAGAUCCUUCUACCGGACAAAAAUGGCCGGUCAAGAUACCCGAGCCUGCGAUCCUCAAGCCGCAGACCCUAUGGACCGGCAAACAAAUCUGGAAUGUGCUCAUGAAGCCGCAUCCGGAGUAUCCAGUGAAUGUCAAUCUGGAAGCGAAGGCCAAGCAAUUCACUCCUCCUGAUGCCACCAGACUUUUCGACUGGACUGAAGACGAGAAUGGAGAAGUCAUCUCCGGCCGAAAACCAAAGGGCGACAUCGCCCCGGAUAUGAGCGAGACCGACUCAUUCCUCGUCAUCAGAAACAGUGAAGUCAUGUGUGGAGUGCUCGAUAAAGCCACCAUUGGCGACGGAAAGAAGGAUUCAGUAUUCUACAUCAUCAUGCGCGACUUUGGACCCGACUAUGCUGUGGUGGCAAUGAACCGCCUCGCGAAGCUUUGUGCCCGAUGGCUCGGCGAGCAAGGCUUCUCCAUUGGUAUCGGCGAUGUCUACCCCAGCCAGCUUCUGCGCGAGAAGAAAGACAAGCUCGUCAAAGAGGCGUACGACGAAUGCAUUCGGCUCAUCAACGACUUCAACGCUGGAAAGCUGCAGCGGGAUCCAGGAUGCGAUGCAGACGCCACACUGGAGAACAAAAUCUCCGGUCUGCUUUCUCGAGUGCGAGAAGCCUGCGGUAACGUCUGUUUCGCCGAGCUCAGUCGAUUCAAUGCCCCCCUCACCAUGGCAAAAUGUGGCUCCAAAGGGUCAAACAUUAACGUCAGUCAGAUGGUGGCGGCGGUCGGACAGCAAAUUAUCAGCGGAAAGCGAGUGAUCAAUGGGUUUGAGAAUAGAACUCUGCCACACUUCGCAAAGGCCAGCAGAGACCCGCCUGCGAAAGGGUUUGUGGUCAACAGCUUCUUCAGCGGGUUGAAUCCCACCGAGUUCAUCUUCCACGCUAUGAGUGGCCGUGAAGGUCUAGUCGAUACCGCUGUCAAGACGGCGGAGACUGGCUACAUGUCUCGCCGGCUUAUGAAGAGCUUGGAAGACUUGAGCGCGCAGUACGACUUGACAGUGCGGAACUCGAUGGGCGGUGUCGUGCAGAUGAAGUUUGGCGACGAUGGACUGGAUCCGGUGGAUAUGGAGGGCAACGCGAAGCCUGUCGAUUUCGACCGCACUUUCUUGCACGCCGUCCACAGAACCUGGGACAAUGAAGAAGCUGGCUUGACGGCUAAGCAGAUUGCAAGCGUAGUCAAGAAGAGGCUGGAUGUGGAGAGAGCGAAGCUUGUCCGCAAGGACAGUAGCGAUGGCAGUAUCCGGCCGUACGACGACACUAGCGACACCGGGAUUGAUCAAUUGGAGAGCGCGAGAGAGUUCCUGGAGGACAUCGAGAAUUUCGUCGACGAUCGAGCGGAGAAGCUGGUUGCCAGUCGAAUGCGACUCCCUGGAACGGAUGCCAUCUUCAAAAUUUCCCGCUCCGCACUCGAAGAAUUCCUGCAUCUCUGUCUGAAAAAGUUUGAGAAGAGCAAAGUCGAAGCCGGACAUGCGGUGGGUGCAGUAGGCGCUCAGUCUAUCGGCGAGCCGGGCACUCAGAUGACGCUCAAGACUUUCCAUUUCGCCGGUGUGGCAGGCAUGAACCUGACGCAGGGAGUUCCCCGAAUCAAGGAAAUCAUCAACGCGAGCAAGACCAUCUCCACGCCGAUCAUCACUUGCGCUCUGAAUGCAGAACAUGAUGAGAUCGCCGCCCGUCACUGCAAGGCGGUCAUCGAGAAGACCUACUUGAAGGAUAUCGUGGCGUACAUCGAGGAUGUAUGGUAUCUCACUGGAUCUUACCUCAACAUGCGAGUGGACUGGCAGCGUGUGGAUGCCCUGGGACUCGACAUCAACUUGUACGAUGUGACGAACGCCAUCGAGAAAACGAAAGGGAUGAAGUCGCUGGGUGUGAGCGUCAAGCCCUUUGGCAACAGUCAUAUUCGCGUGGUUGUCGACCCAGAAGUCUCUGCCAAGCUCUCCAAAGCCCGCCGGGCAAAGAACACCAAGCAAAUCCUGGACCGACCCCCCGACGCCACCUUUGAAACGAUGCAACUCCUCAAGCGCAAACUACCACAAGUCGUCAUCCAAGGCUACCCGGACGCAGCUCGCACCGUACUCAAAAAGGCAGAUCAGGCCGACGCGUCGGGCAAAGAAGCCAUCAGCGUGUUCGUCGAGGGCUACGGGCUCAAAGCAUGCAUGACCACGCCGGGCAUCAACGGAUUGAAAACCGUCACCAACUCUGUCAUGGAGAUGAAGGAGGUGCUGGGCAUCGAAGCGGCGCGCGCCACCAUCAUCAACGAAAUCCGCGAGGUGAUGAAGGGCCUCUCCAUCGAUCCGCGCCACAUGCAACUCCUCGCCGACGUGAUGACGUACAAAGGGGAAGUGCUCGGCAUCACGCGCUUCGGGUUGUCGAAGAUGCGCGACAGCGUGCUGCACCUCGCGAGUUUCGAGAAGACGACGGAUCACUUGUUCGAUGCGGCGAUUCAGAAUACUCGCGAUGAAAUCCGUGGGGUGUCGGAGUGCAUUAUCAUGGGUCAGAGCGUGGGGCUGGGCACGGGGGCUAUGAAGGUCUUCCGGCCUUUGGGCGUUGAGGGAAGGCCGAGUGGGUGGAUGGAGGGUGCGGGUUUGCAUGAGGCUGUGAAGAAGGAGGCGAAGGGGAGGCGGGAGAGGUUGGUGGCGAGGAGGGGGAUGGUUGGUGAGGGCGGUGGUGUUCGCAUCUUGGUGGUGUGUGUGGUUGAUUGA